GACAUUUUUAAUAAAAAAUGUAUAAUUUUAAUGCAAUGUGUUGCUGUUCACAUAGAUGCUGUCAAAACUGUUGCCGCCAUCAAUUGGUAACAGAUGCGAGCAAUGGCUGUGUAUGCCAAAAUUGUCACCGCGAUAUGAGUCAGGACUCCAUCAAAGUUAUACAUAACAUUACGACCCUGCAAAAAUAUGAAAAGGAUGAUGCCACGUCAAGUGUCACGUCUCGGAUAGAAUAUUCGGACGUUUGUAGACGAAACGAAUGCCCGCUGAGAUGUCUUACGGUUGCAUCGAAUGGAGAGGAGACUACAUCGUUCAAUGGCUCUGGGCUAUUGACGCCAGUUUGCUCUGUUGACGAAUCAAUUAAAUCUAAAGUCUCUAUGUCAUCUAAAUCGGCCCCAGUGCCUGCUCCGGUUAGCUCUGGUCACGCGUCAGUGUCUAAUAAAUCAUCUACGAAAAGCUCAAAGAUGACAGUACCAAGGGAAUCGAUGAAUGGUUCAACAAGAGGCUCGGUGUCUUCCAAGUCGCCAAAGGAAUAUCAAGGAGACAGCAAAACAGCAGAGACUUCGUCUCGGUUAAUAUCGCCAAUGGGAUCAACCACAGCAUCAAUUAAAUCGAAAGCCUCUGAAAUGUCUAGUCGACCGCAGGAGGUGCCUGAGAGUAGCGCUAUUCGCGCUUCAGGAUCUGCUAAGUCACAUGCGUACAGCUCUAAGAUGAGUUUCUCAAUGAUGGAUGGUGCACCUGAAAAAAGAAUCUCUGUGUCAUCCAAGUCUCAAGGGGAAUAUCGAAGAAGUAGCCAAACGGAGGCCGUUUCGAGGGAAGGCGACAAAUUUUUAACGCCAACUAGAUCCAUUGCAGGGUCAACUAAAAGUAGAGCCUCUGCGUCAUCUAAAUUGCGCGGCGAGCUGGCUCAGGAUUGCUCUGGUAAAACCUCAGCAUCGUGCAAAUUAAGUCGAACAUUUAGCAGAACGGAGGAUACUUCGAGAGAUGGCUCUAAAUGUUUAACUAAACCAAGAGUCUCUGCUACGUCCAAUUGUCCGCGAGAGGCAAAUCAGGCUCGCUCUGAACGAAGCUUAAGGUCUACUGCGUCAUCUAAGAAUGGGGCUGAUCAAACAAGCCGCAAGCAGCAAGAUGAUUUCAAAAUGGGGUCUCCAUCACCCACCGUGUUAAGUGCCAGGCUAACAAUGUCUUCUGCGUCAUCUAAGAAUGGGGCAAAACUGCAAAUGGCUGAUCAAACAAACCGCAAGCAACAGGAUGAUCUCAGAUUGGGGUCUCCGGUAAGGCAAAGUCCAUCAUCACCCGCCGAGCUUAGUCCAAGGCUUUCGAGGUCUACUGCGUCAUCUAAGAAUGGAGCAAAACUUCAAAUGGUUGAUCAAAAAAAGCGAGAUGAUCUCAACAUGCGGUCUCCGGCUAGGCUAAGUCCAUCAUCACCCAACGAGCUUAGUCCAAGGCUUGAGCAUAGUCGGAAAUCGAAAUUGAUGAAAGCUGCUGCAACCGUAAAAAAGAAGAUUGGAGCAAUGGCGAAAGCUUUGACAACAGCCCCAAAAUGCCCUCCAUCCUGUGCCAUGGACUAUAAUUAUCUGAAAAAACUAAUUGCACCGCUAGAACAAAAAGAAAAUAAACAAAGGCCAACCAAAGUCACACCAAAAACGGAACCUAUCAAGAGUGAGAAGGUGUUGGAGAAGACCAAACCAAAAAGGAAAUUGAAGAAACUGGGGAAGCAAAAAACUCCAACUCCUGAGGCCCAAUCCCCAGCUGUUCCUGAGCCGCAGCUCGAACCGCAGCUCGAGCCGAAACUCGAGCCGAAGCUCGAGCAAAGCCACAGCAAUGAACUGUGGUUUGACCUCAAUGUGCCCGUACGCGUUAAUAUACCCGGAACAAUAUGUUUUGGAAACAUUUGGGAUCUAUUUUCAAAUGCUUCAAUGAAUACCAUGAAUAAAAGCUUUCCCAUAAUGGAUAACAGAACUGAAGCACUGCCCGAUCCCCAAAACAAUGCCUUGGUUAAGGAAUGCCACAACCUAGCCGUAGCAAGGACACCUCCAUCACUAGCUGAGCCUCCUUGUAAGUUGUGCAUUUCAAUGCGUCCCAUGGGCUGUUGCUCGCCCAUGCUGGCACGUGUGCCCGUUGCGGUGCCGUCUGCUGCAGAGCCCGUGCCACAGUGCCUUGAUUUGAAAACUACACAGAGCCAGGUGGUUCAGGCGCAGUCUCCUGCAGAGCCCGCACAGCCACGGGCUCUCGAAAAGAUUGCCAAAAAAAGAAAAGUGGUCAAACGGAAGACAAUCCCAACACAGCCCAAUAUAUGCAAAAUGUGUGCUCAAAAACAAACCACGCCAAAUAAUUCCUUUUCACAGAGUAGCUGUGGUCAUCACAUUAGUCAAUAUUCGAUGUGUAGCAAUAACUUGUCUGGAAACAGAGCUCCACCUAACUCGGGUUUAACACUGGCAUCCGGCAGAACAGGCUGCAAUAUCGAUGUAUUGCCAUCCAGUAGGGAGAAUAACAUAAAAGAUGCAUUUAACAGACGGAAAUUAUCUCGAAAACGUUCGCAAUUUAAAAACACAGCCAGUACCCAUUUAUCGCCGUGCAGCAAAUAUACAAUACGGUAUAGAACUCCACCCGAAUCGGACAUGUCGCUGCAGCGCCAGAUUACCAAACCGACAACAUCUAAGACGCUCUCUUGGAAUACCAAUGCACACAGAUCAGUCGAACACGAUACCUUCUACUUUGAUGAUGCGCCCAUCAGUGAAAGUUAUUUGGAAAGCAGCCGAUUCCCUAGUUUCAGCAAUGUGUCGCAGAUAUCAUCACAAUUGCUGGAACAUAAACAAAAUACCUACAAUUAUAGGGACUUUCAAGAUCUGAAGGCGGAAAGCAAGGCAAAUGCACUUGCAAAUAUGAGAAGCAAAUGUGUGGGCAGUGCCAUGGCCCAUGGUUUACCGCCAUUUAGGAACUUUCUACCUUCUGUUCAGGGUUGUUGCAACAACAGCCUGGAAACUAUGGACACCAACGAGCAGCGUAUGCAGAAUUCGAUGUAUGAUUAUUCAACUUUCGAUGGUAUGGAUUUGGAAUCGGCACAGAGCAAAUUUGUGUGUGACUGCAAAUCUUGUCGCAGAGCUUACCAAGAUUCGAUCUCAGAUCAGACUAUUGCCGCUUCACUAUAUAGCCAGCCUCCGAAAACCUAUUCGGAUAAGUCAACCUAUGUUCGAUCGUAUAUGCAGGAAGAUGUGGCUCCAAGCUGUGUGCAUCAAAAACGCAGCAAUUUCAAUCGUCCACUAGCUGAGCUUAAAAGUAUCAAUUCCUCGUCAAUGCAGUGCGAAAAACUAUCGAAAGAUACGGAGUCUCAAAGCUUAUACAUGGAGACACAUGUUCUUCAAGAUCUGUUGGCUUCCAUACAAGUGCCAGCUUUAGAUGAUAAACAGAGCCAAGCUCCAAUGCCGCAAAAUGUUUGUAAUAUAAAUCAAUGUGACUCCAAUAUGCAAAACGACAGAGUCGAUGCAAAAAAAUCCAAUGCAACCGAUGAAAUUAGCAUAAAAUGUUCAAAGACUGAUAGAGAAAUAUGUCCUCAACCUUUAACACACGAAAAGUCCAAGAAUUCCAUGCAGCCCUAUGCGUCGGCUAACAAAUUAUCCGAAGAGUCGAGGCAGCCAUUAGCUGAGUUGGCCCACAGUAAUAUAACGAACUAUAGGUCCAGGCUAUCAAUUACGCAAAGCAUUUUGGAACUUAUUAUGGAGGCAAAGAAAAGUCGUUCCAGUGCUACGAAUGUAUCGAAGACAAUUCCACCCGUUAUUGCCUCGGACAUGAGCACAUACUCCGUUCAAAUAAGGAAGUGCUCAUUGCCCCAAAUACAAGAGCUAGCCAGUGAGAAGAGCUUGAAUAGAUCAAUAAAUAAUGCUCAAGAUUCCACAUGCGAUCAAGUAGAAGUAAGCCAAUGCACUAAAUCAACUUGCGCAAAAUAUCUGAGCAAGAAAGAAUCAAAUACGGACUCACCGAAAAGGACGUACGCUUGCGGACCUAUAAGUGACAAGUUGCGUCGAAAGAAUCUCAAAUUGUGUCUCUUGAAGCAGGGCGACAAUAAAUUUCUGCCAACCUUGGAGGAAUAUAAGGUGACGGCAUAUACACGCGUUUCCAAGAAAUAUUCCUUUCAAAAGGGAGGCAGAGAUUACGGCGAAUACGAUUGCAAUGGGAAUUUGAAGCUGCAGCCUCUAAAUGAAGCAAAUAUUGCCAAUAUAAUGGAAGAACUGAAGAAAUAUUGUCAUCGUGUGCCCAUUAACAGUAGGGGCAAGCCCAAGUUGCCGGUUGUCCUGGUGCCUUUUCGGCAGAAGGGCAGUCGCUUUGGAACAAUGAUCACCAUAUGCCAACCAGAUGAAUGGCGAGAGCUCGAAGUCUCCUGGCCAGUUAUUCCGGGCAAGCGAUUGGUCUGCAACAGAUCGGUAUGCAGCUGUUGUCGACAACGCACAGGGCUUUCCAAGCCAGCUGAGGCGUCAGUUGAUUUUCCUAAGCGCUCAAAAAAGAAGAAUUUAGUCGCGGGAGCAAAGUUCCAUCGCCAAAGAGCCGAGCCCAAAGCAUUCCCAAGAGAGUUUUCAAACCGUUCUCAAUCACCGAAAACUGAACCGCAUAGAGAACGAAAUAAGAAAUCUACAAGGUCAAGUCGCGUUACACAUCCCAAAAUAGAAGUGCGAGACACUCAUGUUCCUGAGAAGUCCCACAAGUCAACUGGUACUACAACCCGUUCGUCGUCUCAUAAGAGAGGCUCCUCUCGCACUAAUGAGAGACAAGCUAAUAGAUCCCAGAACAAACAUCGUGAAUAUAACGAAUCUACUAAAAGAGGAGAUUCCCGCCCAGUUGCAAAACAAGCCUGCCGAUCACAGAAUAAUCGCAGGGAACAUGUAGUAAAGUGUAUUUGUUGUAGGUGUCAUUCUAAGACAAGAGAUGUUUUGAAAUGUUAUAGGACCGCCAUUAGAGGACAUCCUCCCACUGACAGAAAAGUUCAUAGAUCACAGAAUAAUCGAGCACAAUCUGAAAAAAAGGUUGCCUCCCAUCCCCCCAAAGGCGAUAUCAAAGCAUUCCCAGAAGCAAGAAGUACUUCCAACCGCACAGACGAAGGCCAAGCACAAAAUAAGAAAGUAGAACCUGAUGUUUCGGUAGAGCUGAAAGAUGCCCAACAGACAAGAAGUCACUCGAAUCGUUCUAAAGCUUCUGAAAGAGGUUCUCGCACAGACGAAGGCCAAGCACAAAAUAAUGAAGAGGAACCUAACGUGUCGGCAGAGCUGAAAACUGCCCAACGGACAAGAAGUAAUUCCAAUCGCUCUAAAGCUUCCGAAAGAGGCUCUCGCACAGAGGAAGACCAAGCACACAGUAGGGAGGUGGAACCUGAAGCUUCGUCAGAGCUGAAAGCUGCCCGACAGGCAGGAAGUAACUCGAAUAGUUCUGAAGCUUCUGAAAGAGAUAAUUAUCGCACAGACGAAGACAAAGCACAGAACAGGGUGGUGGAACCUGAAGUUUUGGUAGAGCUGAAAUCGGCUCGAAACAUUUAUAACCGUUUUGAAGCUUCCGAAAGUGAUUAUUUUCGCAAAGAUGAGGGCCAUGCACAAACUAGUGAUGUGGAAUCUGAAGUCUUAGUACAAAUGCAGCCUGCCCGAAAGACAAGCAGUAUUAAUAUUUUCAAUCGCUAUAUAACUCCAAUAAUGGGCAAUUCGCGCACUAAUGAAAGCCAAUCAAGUAGAUCACAGAAAUAUCGUCCGGUAGCAGUAAAUUACAUUCAUCCUGAAGAUAGUUCCGAAGCGCCGCCAAUGCUAGAAUUUAAUCCAAACAGUUCCAGCAAUGAUGCAAGGCUAUCAUAUCGAUUACGUCCCGCAGUCGAGUCCUCGGAAAUGGAAAGCUCCAUCAGUUCGAAUGCAUGCAAUUGCACAAGAAAAAAGUGCCCAUCGAAGUGUCUCAUGUACACAGAAUACAACAAUAGGAAUGUGCCCGAGGUAGAGCAUAAAGAAGUCAUCGUACUUAUGGACGUGCGCCCAUUGCGCAGCUCCAGCUUAAGCGCAGCGCGGAAUGAAACUGUGACUCCAUACAGGCAUAGAGAGGUUGUUCCUGAAAAUAGGGGUCAAAUGUUAUAUGAUUUGAGCCGAAGCUAUGACGGGCAACCUUCGGCAAAGUCAACGUCCUUCAAUUAUUCAAAUCGGUCGGUCGAGCAGCAGCAACAGCAGCAAUUCCUAUGGGAUCGACAGCAACUAUAUCCCAACGAAUUGGGACAAUAUCCACCGCAACAGAUUCAGCCACUGCCGAACCAACAGAGCUUUAAUCAAGCCAAUGGCCGUGCAAUAUUCCUGCAGGACUUGCACUCAACACAACAAUACGAAGAACUACAGCAGCAGCAGCAGAUGGACAUACAUUUGCAGCCACAGUUGCAGCAACAGUUGCAACAUCAGCUGCAGCAACAGUUGCAACAUCAGCUGCAGCAACAGCCAUAUCAGGACUUUGUGCAGGCAGAUGUUGAGCCCCAAUAUGUCAAUAACUGGCCAAGGGGACCAGUUAAUGUUGGGCCUCAGUAUUUGAAUAAUUUAGACAUAAAUGCAGCAAUAAUGAUGAUGCCACAACAAAACAGCCGGGCACCAUCGCAAUUUUACCCCGGUAGCAGCCGCUAUCAAUAUCGGAGAAAAGCCCGAGCUUUGCCAAAUGAUGUCGUCUAUCAGCGAAUUCUGGCCAAGUAUGGCAUACUGCGUAUGCCAGGCGAUUGCAUCAGUUCCAAUGUGCAAGGCUGCGUUUUAGACUGUCUGUGCACCAGACAACAAGAGGGGCAACAACAGCAGCAGCAGCCACAGCACCUGAUCGGGCCCGAUCAUCAGUUGAGGAGAGUUCUGUAAUAAAUCU